AUGGGCUUACAGAAUCCCCCAGCCAGUGAAUUGAUUGUACAGAUAGAAUGGAGAGGUUGUAGAAGCCGAAUUCAUAACUUAUCAAAAGGAGUCCACAGGAAUUGCACCUCAAAACAGCAUAUCCAAAUGGACGGCACCAUCAGCUGGAAUGAGGAAUUUGACCAUGUCUGCAAGAUGAAAAUGAUGAAGAAUGGAAGUCUCAGAUGUUGGGUCAUCAAUCUAGAGGUUCAUGAAUUUGGUCAGAAUUUAGACAGAAGAGCUUCACUUCUUGCCAAAGUUUCGAUGGAUAUUGCUGAAUAUGCCUCUCCCAUCACAACCUCUGAGGAAACCAUCAGAAUCCCAAUCAACUGCAACAUCAGAGGUUAUACUGAUGUGCCAGCUUUAACAGUAAAGCUCAAGCUUUCUGAGCACCAAAGAAACCAAAGCACAGUACAUCCACUGGCUCAAGCUCUAAUGAUACCCUCACUGUCAUGCAUGAGACCUCAACAACAGAGCAACAGAUUCCAAAAUCUAAAACCAGAAAUCGAAAAUGAUGAUGCAAGGGACAGUAAAUUCUCCCCCAACCAACCCACCUCAGAGUUAUCCUCUGAAGAGGAGCCUGAAUUUAACUAUGGGAAGAUGGCUGCAGUGAAUCAACUUGCCAGCUCAGUUACCGGCAUGCUUGAAUACAGCAAACCUGAGAACACAGAGAACCUCCGAGCCACUGCCGACCAACCCCUCCAGCAACCUUCACUUGUCAGGCUCCUUUCAUGUAACAAAGGGAAGCUGAGUUUCAGAGCAAUUCACCAUCCGAAAGGAACACCACUGAUAAACAAAGCAUACGGUGAAAACGGUGGAGACGACAUUGACCGUGAUAGGCGCCGCCAAUCAGGCACUCAUUUCGAAAUAACCUCACAAGUUCAGCCAGGGGAAAGGUUUCAGGCUUCAGGAUUUGAAGACGACAAUCAGUUUGAGGUAGGAGCUUGGGAAAAGAGACACGUGAUCAGCAGAGAUGGGAAAAUGGAGCUAGUUACAGAGAUCUUUCUAGCUUCCAUCGAUCAGCGUAGUGAGAAAGCUUCGGGCGGAAGUGCAUGCACAGUUCUUGUCGCGAUUAUUGCUGACUGGCUGCAUAGGAAUCCAAAAACUCUUCCGCUACGAUGCCAAUUCGAUGAUCUAAUCCGCGAAGGGUCUUCUGAAUGGAGAAAGCUAUGUGCAAAUGAGAACCACAAGGAGAAAUUCACAGAUCAGCACUUUGACCUCGAGACCAUAUUAGAAGCAAAAGUACGGCCACUUUUAGUAGUCUCUGAGAGGUCCUACAUAGGUUUCUUUGUACUCGAUGACAUGCCCAAGAAUUUCGAGUUCCUGCAGGAAGCAAUGUCUUUUGACAAUAUAUGGGACGAGCUCCUUAGUUCUGCUGCUUCAGAAGAACAAAUUUACAUCAUCAGUUGGAAUGAUCACUUCUUUGUCCUCAAGGUAGAAAGCAAGGCGAUUUAUAUAAUUGACACGCUUGGAGAGAGACUCUGUGAGGGAUGCAAUCAGGCCUACAUCAUUAAGUUCAACAGCGAAAGUGUACUUUAUAGACUGCAGCCAGAGCCAAGCAACCAGAAAGUGGAAUCAAAAGAAAAUACGGAUAGUAGUUCAAACGGAGCCCGACCAGAUGUGGAUGAUGGUUCUUUCCGAGACAUUGUUAGUCAAGGAAAGAUUUCCUGCAAAGAAUUCAUUAAAGGAUUUCUUGCAGCUCUUCCACUGAGAGAACUGCAAGAUGACAUCAAGAGGGGAUUGAUAGGAAAAGCCCCUCUGCAUCAACGAAUGCAGAUUGAGUUCCACCAUACAGCUCCCUUCAAUGACACAUCAUAG